UGAUUAGGCCAACAGAAGGGAAACAGAAGAGGGAGGGAGAGAGGAAAAGCAUGAGAGCAUAGAUGCAAAAAAGGCAGGAAAAAAAAAACAACAAAAAAACACCACAGUGUAAAAGAUGCACAAGGAACAAUAACGCACUGUGUUGGUGAAAGGGAGCUGGUGAGAGCAAUGAGAAAUCAGGCAGACUUUAGUCAUCGCUGCUGCUGAGAAGCAGUCCCCUCUCUCCGCUCCAUCUCUCUCCGUGCCAGCUUGAACCGAGCCUCGUGUGCGACGCGGAGACUCCUGCAGCGCCUGCUCCCUUCCCUGCAGCCGCCGGCUGUGUUUGGGCUAUGGUCCUGCCUGAGAACCGGGGCAUCACCCAGAUGAACAACUCCGACUGUGUGGGAGGGUAAAGGCAACAAAAACAGCAGCAUGGGAGCAAAGCAGAUGAAAUGCCUUAGCUCUGCCAGCCCUGCCCACUCUCCCAAAGAGGAAUAUGUUAUCGCCCAGUCCGCUGAGGCCCCUACGGAAGUAGUCCCACAUCAGCCUGAUAACCAGGGGGAAAAUCAGGAAGACAAAUCUGAGCCGUUAGAGAGGAAAUCUGUCCCAGAGAAUGUGUCACUCUGUGGAUUGUGUCCCAUGCUUGGGCAUAAUGGGCAGGAGGAAGAAAAGUCCUGGGAGGAGCAGCUGGAUGCCCACCAGGAGCAGCUGGAAAAGGAGAUGCAAGAAGCCAGGAGGAUGGUGUUUCGGCUACAGGGUCUUCUGUUGCAAGGCUCCCUACCUGAGGAGGACCAGGACGGAUCGGGGAGCUUUGGAGACAACAGAGCAACCACGGAGCAGCAGCUGGUUCUAAUCCGCAGUCGUCUGGACCAAAGCAUGGAAGAAGCCCUUGAUCUGAAGAGGGAGCUCCUGAGGCACAAACAGGAGACAAGACAUAUUCAGGCCAUCAAGGAUGCCCUGCAGCAGCGCCUGUCAGUGCAGGAGGAUGCUGUGCUGCAGCUUAAGCAGGAACUACUGAGGUGCAACAUGGCCAAAGAUCAGUUAGAAGGAGAAAAUGAAGAGCUCAAACGCAAGCUGAGUGAAAGGAACAAAUUACUCACUGAAUAUAAGCAGCAGCAGCUGGGGAAGAAGGACAGAUUGCUGCAGCAUCAGAAGCUUGAUGAAGCUCAGCAUAAAGCACAUGAAGUCGGCCACGGACGGUCAUUUAGGGGGGAAAAUGGUGGCUUUAGUAACUCAGUGGCAUCGACUUCUCCUUCAACGUUUCAGCACAAUGCAUCCGGCGAAGAGCUCCAGCUCGUCAGGGAAGCUCUGCGCAGUCUGAGGGACAGUUUCUCAGGCCAUGACCCUCAGCAUCACACCCUGGACACUUUAGAGCAGGGUAUUGCCAGCCUCAUGGACCGACUCCACUCCUUGGACACUCAGCGAAGACAAGAAAGACGGGAGGAAUUUAAAUCACCAGGACGCAGAGCCAACUCAACAGACCGUGACUCCUGGCCACCAAGCUCAAAAAUGGCGCACUCACACAGUAGCCCGGGUCUUGACGCUGUCGUCUCUACUAAAGUUCUCUACUUUACUGAUCGCUCGCUUACUCCUUUUUUGAUUAACAUCCCUAAAAGAGGUGGCUGUAUCCCCAUGGGAUACUGUCUGGUCUCAGCAGGGACAAUGAAGCUGGUGUUCCAGGAUGGAGCAGUGGUCCCUGGCUGGGAGGGGAAGAUUGUGGCAUGGGUGGAGGAGGACCACGGAGAGAGGAGGUAGAGCUCAGAGCACCAGAGAUCGCCACCUCAAACCUCAUCAUCCCUACCGGAUCAGAACUUUUACUAAAAACAUCUGUCAUGCCAUAUAAAAAAAAUG